AAUUCAAAAGUGGACGAUUUAAUUUUUAAGAACAAUAGAUAAUGCCUUUUUACCACAAAUACUAACUUCGACACGACAAAUACUAACACGACAUGUUCAGGACAGACAUUAAGUUUUUUUUUUAAGUAAUUAAGUUAAUUUAACCAUUUACCAUCAUGUCUUUUUUUAAACAGAAUGUCAAAUCUACUCUUUUCCAUAGGAAUUGAAUUGAAUGGAUGUUUUAAAGCAAUAUUUGAUGAAUAAUGAUUAGAAUUUGAGCUUGUUUCUCAUAUGUUCUUAUAUGUUUUGCAGCUUGACAGCCCUAUAGUCAUCAUCCACUUUCAUGAAAUGGAAAACAACUCCCUUUCCACUGAGGUAAAAAAAAACAGUCACACAGUUUGGAAUGACAUGAGGGUGAGUAAAUCAAAUUUUGGAGGAGCUGUCCUAAUGUAACAAUGAAUGUAUUGGCCUACAUGCUGAAGUUCUAAAUUGGGGCCUUAUGUAAAUCAAUAACCUGGCCAUUGAUGAAGGAUUUGCUUCUCUGGAGCUCUUCCCAGUUUCCCUGAAAAUUAUAAAUGCACAAUGGUGGAGGGAAGUUAAGAGUGUUUUGACUGUCAAAUGACAGUGACAGUCUAAGUCCUGUGCUCAGGCAGGCCGUUCUGUGUCCGUAUCUCUGACCAUGAUUGCAGCAUUUGAGUUUAUUUGCAUUACUGUUCUUUGCUGAGCUGCACCAGGGAAAAGUGCUUUUGCAUUUUCAUUUGCUUUGUUCAGUCACCGUUUCCAUUCGGAAUAGUCCUUGUUACUGCUCUGCGCUCUUUUAAUUUCUAUAUUUACACUCUUAAAAACGCAGAAAUGGUUCUUUAUGGUGGGAAAAGCUUCUUUAGAUUUUUAAAAUGGUUCUUUUAAGAACUGUUCAUUGGAAGGUUCUUUGGGGAACCAAAAAUGUUUCUUUUAUGGCAUCAAACCAUUCUUAUUUUUAAGAAUUUAUUGUGUAUGUGCCAUAGAAAACUUACAUGCUUACCUUUAUUACUGUUGUGCUUGAACCAUAUGAAUGUUAUGUUUAUGGGUGUUUCUCAUAUUCUCUGAGAGAUUUUCUCAGACUAUGAACACCAGGUCAUUUUAUAUAACUUCUGGUUUGUAGUUGACACUUUUGGACACUUUUUAUCUCACAGCUUGACAUAACUAUAUAUUGGAUAAAUUCAUAUUGGUGUAAAUCUUUUAAUAGCUGUCUUGCUAAAAUCUUACAGACGUUUUCCACUCAAUAACUGAUUUAAACUUGAUUGUGAUAUCUUAAUUAGCGUUCAAAAUCAUGUCAGUCGCCAAUCAUACACAAACAUAAUGGUCAAGAAUAUUUAUACAAAACACCAUUGUUAAGGUGAUCUAUACUUAGUUGCUGUGUCAGCCAGAGAUCUGCCAUAUAAUAUUCAAAACUCUAAGCAUGGCCGUAUGGUAGGAGUGUCCAAAAAAGUACCCCAACCCCACCCAUUGGUGCCCUACAAUUUCAAAUGAAGUUACUAGUUUCCAAAGACUGAGGGAGAUAAGCAAGCGAGCAGAGGACCAGCACUCUCUCAUUCUCCAGCCGUCCUCCAUGAUCUGUGCAGUGGCGUGAAUCUACUCACCUGAUAAACAAGAUAUUCAAUACAUCACUUAUGGAGAACUCAUCCGAGCAGUCUCGUUGGGUGUCCCCCAGCCUGAUCAGUCCAGACCCACUGGCAAACUACACCACAGAGCCUGGUUUACUGCCACCCAGUGAAGAUGACGAGCCUUUCUACUCCAGCUCUGAGACUGACUUACUGCCAUCAUAUUAUUCCACUAGCGGCCAGAGCCGAGCCUCGUCGUCUUACAGACACAGUCCAGUUCGCCAAGUCUACUCCUCUCCAUCAAUUCUGGGAAACAUCCAGUGGCUGGACAACUCUGCUGGUCACUCUCUAAACUCUUCCUACAACCCCACAUCCACUGUCUGGGCAAGCAGUCCGUUCACAAAGACGCCUCUCCACUCUCACACCUCCACAUCCAUCUACCCGAACAGCGCUACCCCAUCUUUCACCUCCCCCAAAGAGGGCUUCCCUUCCCCGAGUCGUGAUGGGAAGGAAAGUCCCAGGCUCCAGGAAGUCCUGAAAGCCGAGCGUCUGAGUCCCAUGGGUGGAAGCAGCUUUCUCAAUCUGAGUUCAGCCACCGGAGGUGUGUACGGUCCUUCUCCGCACAUGCUGGGUCCAUACGGAUCGUACAUGACCACGUCACAGGACUAUAGUUCAGCGGCGCUCUAUUCUUCCGCUGGACCUUGGAUGAGCCCUUCAUCAUACUCGCCCAAACUUCGCAACAAGAUGAGACUUUCGCCACCAGAGGCACGUGAAUGUGUGAAUUGUGGUGCCACUGCCACCCCUCUGUGGCGUCGAGAUGGGACGGGCCACUACCUCUGUAAUGCUUGCGGACUGUACCAUAAGAUGAAUGGCCAGAACAGACCCCUCAUUAGACCAAAAAAGAGGCUGAUUGUCAGCAAACGUGCUGGAACGCAGUGCGCCAACUGCCACACGAGCACUACGACACUAUGGAGACGCAAUGCCAGCGGCGAGCCUGUGUGCAACGCCUGCGGCCUCUACUUUAAACUACACAACGUUAACAGGCCUUUAACUAUGAAGAAGGAUGGCAUACAGACACGGAAUCGCAAGGUGUCUAACAGAAACAAGAAGGGCAAAAAGAGCACUGCUUCAGAGGUUUACCCUGACAUGUCUCACAUGGCACCACCUGAUGAGCAUGUAGGUCCCUAUUCUCUCAACCCAGGACCCCUUCUGUCCUAUAGUCACACCCCUCACCUACUGCCCCCUUCCACUUUGCACUCCUCUCCAACUUUGCCCUAUACCCACCACCCAAACUCUGGCAUGAUGCCCACACUGUUGUGAAGGAAACACGUUUAUUGGACCAUAACGAGGCAUGUACAUUACAUUGUACCUAUAGUAAAUACAUUUCUUGCAGAAAUGCAUUCCAUUUGUUUAGCAAAGAGAAAAUGCGUUAAAGCUGCUCUAUAAAACAGUCGCAGUGUAACAGCUUGUCACUGAUUUUGAAACCGUCUUGUAGUAGUUUGAAUAGUGGAACAGUAAAACUAAAACUGUCAGCAAUAUUAUUACGACAAAUGUAAAUAUUUAUGACUUUAUGGCUUUUGUAUGUGCUAGAAUUAUAUUACUAUGACUUCUUUUAGGAUGUUCAAUAAAUGCCUUAUAAUUAAAUGUUUU